AUGACAUGGAGCAAUGCCACUCGUAUUAUUAUUCAUAUCGGCGAUGCACCACCACAUGGUCGUCGUUUUACCAACUUAUUCGAUGAUUAUCCAGAUGGUGACCCGAAUGGUCUAACUGCAGAAAGUGUGUUAAAGAAAAUGCAAUUAAAAAAGAUUUUAUACUACUUUGGAAAAAUUAAUAAUUCUACCGAUGUCAUGAUUAAUGUAUUUCGUGAAAUAAUUGGAGAAUUUGCUAUAUUUGAUCUUAUGACUGCAGGAUCUAAUCCUGAGGCAUUGAUCAAUAAAUUUUGUAAGGCUACUUCUUCAGCCAUCUUUUCUUCUAUUACACUAACCACAACUUUAAGAAACUCAAAAAGCAUAUACUCUUUACAACGAAAAAAACUUCAAAUCAAUCCACACGAACCUGACUGGACCACUCAUCCAGAGAAAACAGGAAAAAUUUUAUAUUAUAUUCCACCCAAAUCUCUGGCUGAAGUCAAAGAUGAAUAUUAUUUUAUUAAUUCAAGUUAUAUUGAACAAGACAUAUCUUUUAAACUUGCACUGCAACCAUUCUCCGUCGGUGCUGAACGAUAUGCUUAUUUUGCUCUUGAUACAAGUCUUGGUCGAGCUAAUAAAUUAGUGAUAAAAAAGUAUCACGACAUUAAAAUAGGCACAAUAGAAAGAUAUUUAGAAUCAGUGGAAAUCUCUAAUGUUGCUGAUUUUUUUUCAACAAUAUUCAAUGCCGCCGCAGAGCGAGUUGGUAUUAAUAAAAAAGUUAUAUUUCUUGAUGCAAAAGUCUUAUACGAUGAGACAGAUAAUACUUGCUACUCUGUAGAAAAAUAUAUAAAUAAUGUAGAAUUUAAAAAAUUUAACACAAAUAAUGGUUUAAUUACAGAACUUCAUCCCAUUCUUGAGGCAUUCGCUCAUUUCACAUAUAAAUAUACUGAAGGAUAUUUGGUAGUUUAUGACUUACAAGGCGUCGAUCUCAAGUGGAAUUCAAAAAUGUUUUUUGGCAAAUCAUAG